UGCACGAAUGCCGGGUUGUAGUUUCGGUGCCGCCCCCCCGUGACGCAACGUUGCCAACAACGAGCGCUCUCGAGGGAAACCGGCGACACCACCGGACCGCCGCACUCCCCGCGGGUUGUUUACACGGAGGGCUUCCGACACGCCGACAUGAUUCCCGAGGAAAGCUUCGCGUCCACCGAGAGCAGGAUGCAGUCUGUCGGCCGGGCUCUGGAGGAGCUGCUGGUGGCGGCUCAGAAACAAGACGGCCUCACCGUCGGCAUUUAUGAAUCAGCUAAACUUCUUAAUGCAGACCCGGACGCCGUGGUCCUGUGUGUUCUGGCGGCAGACGCCUUGGACCGCGUCGACGACGUGGCGCUGCAGAUCCACUUCACGCUGCUGCAGUCCUUCUGCUGGGACAGCGGCAUCACCAUCCUGAGGGUCUCGGGCGUACGGCGGCUCCGGCAGCUGCUGACACCGGGCGCCGUGGAGGCCAACCACAGGAACCAGGACGAGCUUGGAGACCUCCACUGCAUGCUGGUGACGAACCCCCAGGCCGACCACUGCAGGCUGCAGGAGGUGGGCACCUACUGCCUGGAGAGGCGACGCCUUCACCAGUGGGUUCCUGAACUGGUUCUGCAAGAACGCUGAAGGGUCUACAGCACGUUACUGUAUACCAACGCAGACCGGACGGCCCAUCGGGGUCCAGAUGCUGAAGAACUGAAGGAUCCGUCGUUGGCCUGGAGUGAACUGGGCGGUCCGGACUGAUAAGCAGUACCCAACAAACGUUCCUUUCGGCAACUAUAGUGAAACAGCCAGAGAGGACGAGACCGGUUUCCAAAAAAUCUGCUUGGUGCAGAAGAUACAAAGCAGAUUUCACAUUGUUUUUACAUUAGUCAGUAAAACCAAAUCGAAGCUUCUAGUUGGUGCUUCGCAGUGCAAGACGAUCAAUAACAGGAGGAGCAGGAUCAUCGGAAAGAAACACGUCCACACCCCGAACUUCUACCUGGAAGACCUCAGGAAUGCUGUAAUGAAACCAUUAUGCCCAGCAUUCCUGUAGGCACUCUGACAUGUGAGAGUCCUUUGGCGAGAAGGUGUGUGUGUGUGUCUUGGAAUGAGCAGCUGAGCCUGCGUAAACGAAAUCGUCAUCAUGGAAACUAGAAUUAAAAUGACGUUCAAGUUAAAGCCACACAGGAGUCUUAUGGCACAAAUAAAAUCAGUGCAGCAUGCAAUAUUUUUAUUAUUUUUUAUUCAGAAUGGGCAGAAUAAUAAUGAACUGUCUGAAAGAUAUCUGCUGUAUAUACACUACCGUUCAAAAGUUUGGGAUCACUUAGAAAUGUCCUUAUUUUUCAAAGAAAAGCAUUGUUUUUUUCAAUGAAGAUAACAUUAAAUCAAUCAGAAAUACACUCUA